AGUCAGAUUGCGUGUAAAUCGACAACGGCGAGGGCCGGAAAGUGACAAUAUGUUAGACCUUUUCACGAUUUUUAGCAAAGGAGGGAUUGUUCUUUGGUGUUUCCAAGGGACGUGUCAAGCCUUUGGAGCGCCCGUGAAUUCGCUGAUUAAAAGUGUAAUUCUUCAGGAACGUGGAGGAAGCAACUCUUUCAGUCAUGGAACUCUUACCCUCAAAUGUAAAUUAGACAAUGAGUUUGAACUCGUAUUUGUGGUUGCGUACCAAAAUAUAUUAUCUCUGGCUUACAUUGACAAGUUCAUUGAUGAUAUUCAUCGGGAGUUCAGAGACAAGUAUAAGGAGGAGCUGAAGAAUGGGAGGAUAUUUGGCCAAUUUGAUUUUGGUGAUGACUUCCAGCGGGUCUUGAAAGAGGCAGAGAAGAGUAGUGUAGUUGCUAAGAAGGGCAAACAGAUGAAGACUUUUGGAGAGUCUCACAAAUCUAAGAAGACAGUUGGAUCCAUGAUUAUAGACACAAGCAAAGAAGAGAAGAACAUCACCAAUAAAACUAAGAAAGGAGGUAAGACAGAGUCUAGCCCUCAGCCCGCCAAGAAUCCCGUAAAACAGCCAGAAACCAAUGGCAAUGGGAGUCUGGAUGAAGAGACUAUUAGACGCAACAGAGAGAAGCUGUUCAACAGAAACAAGCCGAAGAAACAAGAGAAAUCACCAAAAGUGAUUUCUAAGCCGACCAAGAAACCAAAAGUAGCGACAACAUGGGGAAUGGGAGGAAAUGCUAAAGAUAUGGACACACUGGAUUGGAGUGAGAAGCCUCCAAGUACCAAUGGAACAAGUGAUAAUCAGAACGGAGAUAAGGAGUUUGAUAUAGAGGAUGAGUCUGCCUGGGUUGGCACGAUGAAAGGAGAGCUGCCAAACAUCGAUGGACUGAAUGAAGGGGAAGGCGAGGAAGAGGAAGAAGAGGAGGAGGAAGAGGAAGAGAUUCAGACAGCCAGCAAACCAAAAGCCCAGUCUAAGACCGGUAGUCGAUUUGGGAUGUUUAACAUGUUCCGUGGUCUGGUGGGUUCAAAGACACUGGACAAACAAACUCUCACUCCUGUCCUUGAUAAGAUGAGGGAUCACCUGACAGCUAAGAACGUUGCUAGGGACAUUGCUGAAAAGCUGUGUGAGUCUGUGGCAACAAAGUUGGAAGGCAAAGUCUUGGGAACUUUUGAAAGAGUAACAUCGGUAGUAAAGGAAGCCCUACAGGAGUCAUUGGUCCAGAUCCUGUCACCAAGACGACGCGUAGACAUCCUCCGAGAUGCCCUAGAUUCCAAGGCCCAUAACAAGCCGUUUUCCAUCACGUUCUGCGGGGUGAAUGGUGUGGGCAAAUCUACCAACCUAGCCAAGAUCUGUUUUUGGUUGAUUGAGAAUGGUUUCCGAGUGCUGAUUGCCGCCUGCGAUACCUUCCGAGCCGGUGCUGUUGAGCAGCUUCGCACCCACAUGCGCCAUCUCAAUGCGCUUCACCCUGCCGAGAAGCACGGGGGUCACGCUGCGGUUCAGCUCUAUGAGAAGGGAUACGGCAAGGACGCAGCAGGUAUCGCCAUGGAAGCCAUCAAGUUUGCCCGAGAUUAUCGUUUUGAUGUGGUGUUGAUAGACACUGCUGGUCGAAUGCAGGAUAAUGAACCACUCAUGAGGGCGCUCUCCAAAUUGAUCAAGGUGAAUCGUCCUGACCUGGUUCUGUUUGUCGGUGAAGCCCUCGUUGGCAAUGAAGCCGUUGAUCAGCUCACCAAGUUCAACCGUGCUCUAGCUGAUUUCUCUGACUCUGAUGACCCCCGCCUCAUCGAUGGAAUAGUCCUCACCAAGUUUGACACCAUUGAUGAUAAGGUUGGAGCGGCCAUCUCAAUGACCUACACCACCGGUCAGCCGAUUGUCUUUGUGGGAACUGGACAGACCUACCGUGAUCUCCGUAACCUCAACGUCCAGGCCGUGGUCAAUGCUCUCCUCAAGGCCUAGUCAUAUUGAUCCCAUUUACUACUGAAUUCUGUAAUUCUUCUCUUGGCAUUGGUGAGGUCAGCCUUAGGUCAACAUGAGGCAGUCUUAAAUUUAGUAUCCAAGUCAUACAUGUAUGUUUAGGGGUAUGAUGUCUAUUGCUUGUCAACUUAAGUCUUUUUUUUGUGACAUUCUUGAUAAGAAAAGAAACUAUUCAUUUGUUUACUUUCUUAAGAAAAAAUGACAGAUUCCUUGCUUUCCAUGGCCAUAGUAUCAAGUCAUAUUUCAAUUAUUCUUAGACAGAUUUCUACUUUACUGCAGAAAACAGUAUGACAUUGCUCUGCAGUUAAAUUUCAGUAAAUAUUGAAUCGAAUUGAGGUGAAUUAAAUUUGUUCUGAAACUGUCAAAUAUUUAUAGUCAAUUUGCUCUGUCAAGAAAUCAAUUUAUUAUUUUGACAUAUAACCUCAUUUAGGGUACAUGAACAUUUCUUUAUGAAUUGAUACUUAUAAUCUCUUGAUUAUCCAUAAACUCUUUUCUUGUAUUCUUGGCCAUGGCCUGCAAGGCAGUCAUAAUUCCAGUUUCUAUUUGCCAUUAUGGAGAUGCAAUAUUAAAAGAUAGUACAGUGAGUUGAUUGUAAGUGUAUUGGAGAAGAAGAAUAUAUAUAUUUUUGAUGGAGAUAUGAGAAAGUUUCUGUAAGAGAGAGAAAAGAAGUAAAUCUCUCAAAUUAUGUGUUAACCCUAAAUAGACUGGGCUAUUUUGAUGCCUAAGAAGACUGGGGGGGGCUGAUUCAGCCCCCCCCCCCUAUGAUCUCGGCCGUCGACCGCGCGAUCGGGACGAAAAUUGGCACGUGCGUUACCCAUGGCAUAAUCUCCAAGACUGUAUGAUCAAAUUUUCUGAAAAAUCUCAAUUCAUUAAUUAUGCUAAUUUAUGCGUAAAAUAAAAGAUUUGCUCUAAUUAAUUAAAUAAGGCCUCUAAUCUGCUAAUUUUUUAUUCACCGACUCUUUGUAGGAUUCUGAUCAAGUGUACGCUUAAAAAAAUUCAAUGUCACAAUUCUUUUCUUAUGUAUUUUAUUGUUUUUAAAAUUUCUUAUGUAUUUCAUUGUUUUUCCACUUUUUGUUUUUUAUUGCUUUUUCAAUGGAAAUCGUCCGCUACUUUAUUCUGACCAUAAACAAGAUGAAAUUAAUUGAGUUUGAUUAGUAAAAUUGAAAAUAAUGAUACAUUUAUGAAUUUUGGCUAAAAACACAAUUUGCAUUGGAUUUGUACACAAAUUCACGUUUUUGAGCAAUUUCGGAUCGACAUGCACUUACAAAAUGUUGCGUAAUUUCGGAACCACGUACCCAGGCGUCGCAAAUUUGGUCUCAAAAGUUGCGCAAGACUUG